AUGCCUCUUAUGCAACUGCUUGGCAUUUACUUCCUUCCCGAAUCGCCCAGAUGGCUAAUCGCUCACGGAGAACGUACCAAGGCUCGCGAUAUCCUCACUCAAUACCACGCCGGUGGGGACGAAAACUCACCGCUUGUUGACUUCGAACUCGAAGAGAUUGAAAUGGCUCUGACGGCAGAAGGUGAUCUCUCCAAAACGUCGUGGAUCGAUCUCGUUCGCACUCCGGGCAAUCGGAAACGCACGUUCAUAGCCUUCGUUGUUGGCUGGUUCGCGCAGUGGAACGGAGUCGGCCUCAUCUCUUACUAUCUGUUCCUGAUCCUCAACUCUAUCGGCAUCAAACAAGCGAAGGACCAGACACUCAUCAAUGCUCUUCUCAACGUAUCCAAUUGGGUCGCAUCUGUCUUUGUGGGCGCCCUCAUGGUCGAUCGUCUAGGCCGCCGUACGCUUUUUCUGGUAUCAACGGGGGCGAUGCUGUUUUUCUACGUCAUUUGGACCUCCUUAUCGGCGACCUUCGUCAGAACCAACGAUUCAUCAACUGGUAAAGCAGUUGUCGCUUUCGUGUUUUUGACCUACUUCAGCUAUGCGAUUGCUUGGGUGCCGUUAUUACAAGCUUACAUUGUUGAGAUUUUCCCAUAUACUCUUCGGGGUCGCGGGCUUUCCUUUCUUUAUCUCUGUAGCUUCAGCGCGCUCGUACUUGCUAACCAAGUUAACCCCAUCGCUAUACAGAACCUGGGGUGGAAGUAUUAUGUUGUGUUCUGCUGCAUCUUGGGAUGUCUUCUAGGUGUUAUCUACUUCGUCUUCCCGGAGACAAAAGGGCACACGCUAGAAGAAAUCCAGGAGGUUUUCGAGGGCAGUCACACUUUGACGUCUAUGGGCAAGGUCGCUACCACUGAGGAUGCCCAAAGAGAGGACACACACAUGGAGACGAAGAGGGGCGGCUCUGUAGAUCACGUCGAAGGACCCCAGAUUGAAGAUCGAUCAAACCGCACGAGAUGA